AGUAGCACGUUAGUAAGCAGUCUGCCGGCCUACGUGGGUAUAAAUCGGGUUUAAAGGUCUGAAAUAGCAGCUUUGCCUUGGUUUUGGCAUGGCAGACACUGAAUUAAAAACCUUUACAUCCCUCAUGGACGCCUUGCUUCGUAUCAGCUCCAACAUGAAGAGCAUGGAGCAGGAGCUGCGGUGCCCCGUGUGUGACGACACGGUGAAGCAACCCAUCCUGCUGCCCUGCCAGCACAGUGUGUGUUUGCUGUGCGCCGCCGACGUCUUGGUACAGAGAGGCUACCCUCCUCCUGACCUGCCCCCGGAGCCGCAAUCGCCCGCCUCUACGCCCAACAGUCGCUCCCCGCGGCAGCCCCGCAGACCCACGACCAGGACACCGGACCACCUGGACCGCCUGCUUAGAACCGCUUGCAGCACAUACCCGGGGCGAAGACGGAAGGACACCGCCCCGCCCCCGAUGCUGUUCCCAUGUCCUUCCUGUCAGGAGGACGUGCAGCUGGGCGAGCGAGGCCUGGCGGAUUGCCCCCGUAACCUCACUCUGGAGCGUGUGGUAGAAAGGUACAGGCACACGUUGAGCCUCGGCAGCGUCGCCAUCGCGUGCGCUUUCUGCAAGCCCCCGCAGUCCCUGGAGGCCACGAAAGGCUGCGCCGACUGCAAGGCUAACUUCUGCAACGGGUGUUUCAAACUCUACCACCCCUGGGGGACGCCGCGAGCCCAGCACGAGCACAUUCUCCCCACCCACAACUUUCGCCCAAAGGUGUUGACGUGCACCGAGCACGAGCAGGAGCGCUUGCAGUGGUUCUGCUGCAGCUGCCAGCGGUUGCUGUGCUCGCUUUGCAAGCAGCGCCGCGUCCACCACAACCACAAAGUGCUGCCGACGACACAAGCCUACCAGGCCCUUAAGGAUCAGCUGACCCAGCAGGUCAACUACAUCCUGGCCAAUCAGGAGACAAUACAGAGCCAGAUCACACAGCUGGAGGCCGCCAUUAAACAAAUGGAGGCCAACAGUGCUGUCGCUCUCCACCAGCUGACCCGCUGCAUGCAGGAGUUGGGGGCCUCCAUCGCCGAGCGCCAGGGGUCCUUGGCCACGGCCCUGGAGGGGUCCCGCAGCAGGAGGGCGGAGACUCUGUCUGCUCAGGUGUCAAGGAGGCGGGACAUGCUGGAUCAGGCCGGCCUGAUGUCCUACGCACACGAGCUCCUCAAGGAGACCGACCAGCCGUGUUUUGUCCAGGCUGCUAGGGUCACUCACAACAGGUUGGUGAAGGCCAUCGCUAACCUGCGGUGUUUCUCCUUGAACGCCGAUCCUUCGUUCCGACACUUCCACCUGGACGCGACAAAAGAGAUUCCGCUCAUUAGCGGCUUGGCGUUCAUACGUGCUCCGCUGGCGCCGGUGAUCGACACUCAGAAGACGCUGGCCUACGACCAGCUCUUCCUGUGCUGGCGCCUCCCUCAGGACUCGGCCCCGGCUUGGCACUUCUCCGUCGAGUUCCAAAGGCGCACGGGAGCGGUCGGGGCCACGUGGGGCGGUACUCGAUCCCCCGACGCCUCCGCGGCGUGGCGGCGUCUGGACGAAGUGCGAGGUACCAGCGCCGUGGUGGACCAGCUGCAGAUAAACAGUGUUUACGUGCUGAGGGUGAGGGGCUGCAACAAGGCCGGUUUUGGGGACUACAGCGAGGAGGUUUAUCUCCACACGCCUCCUGCUCCUGUCUUGUCUUUCUCGCUGGACCCUGGCUGGGGUUUGCACUCCGACAGGCUGGCGCUGGGUAAAGGUCAAACGUACGCCCGCAGCGUGCCGGGCCUCUCCCUGCUGAAGGUGGCCGACCGCACGCUCACGGCUUGUCACUUGACCUCUGACCUCCUGGUAGCCGACCUAGCUGUCUCUCAGGGCAGACACUACUGGGCGUGCUCGGUGGAGCCUGGAUCCUACCUGGUCAAGGUGGGAGUAGGACAGGAGGUGAGGCUUCAAGAGUGGUUCCAUCAGCCCCAGGACGUGACGAGUCCACGGUACGACCCAGACAGCGGCCAUGACAGCGGCGCAGAGGACGGCCAGGACCCGCCUCCCUUCUGCUUCCUCACCGUCGGCAUGGGCAAGCUCCUCCUCCCCCGAGGACACGCCCCCCACAGCCUGAGGGACGGCAAGAGCGUGGGCAGCUCGCACAAGGCCACGCCCCCUUACACGGCGCCCCUGCCGCCCAGACUGGGCGUGUGUCUGGACUGCGACGAGGGCCGCGUGGCCUUCUACGACGCCCACUCCCUGCGCGUGCUGUGGGAGGGGCUUGUGGACUGCUCGGCUCCCGUGUGUCCCGCCUUCUGCUUCAUCGGCGGCGGCGCCCUCCAACUGCAGGACCUGGUGGCCAGUCGCAGCGUUGAGGAGGAGGCGGAGCCGCCGAGAUUGAACGCCAAAUCACGAGCUACCAAGCUAAGUAAAUGAAGUCGAAUGUAGUAAGAACACACAAAAGUAUUUGGACACUUUUAUGGCAAUUAAUCAUUUCAACUUUGUGGAAAUUCAUUUACCACAACAAAUUAACGGCGAUUAACGAGGGUUUGCCGCCGGGGCGCCCAAACUUUUUCCACUGAGGGCCACAAACUAAAGGAUACGGUGGCCGUUUUGGUAGUUUUCCCCUCUAAAACAAGUACAAAAUAUAUAUUUUAUUUCUAAAGAACUAGAAAUUUCUUGACGAGCCAAAGCCAAACUGACAUGCUAACAGUUAGCACGCUGACCAGGUAGCGUCAAUAACGAAAAAUAUGAACAAAAUGAGCUAAAAAAAAGCCGGCAUGCUAACAUGCUAGCAAUAACACGCUUAUGGUUAGCAUUAGUGAAAUACCAAAAAUAUAUCACACCUGCUAAAUUAGCUAGACCUGUCACGCGGAUGUUAGCAUGCUAAAAUGCUAACUGUUACAUGCGCCAAGUACCAAAAUAUAUUAUUCUGGAAAAUGUUAACCCGCUAACGUUAGCAUGCAUCAAGUACCGAAAUAUGACUGAGGUUUAUACCUAUAAAAUGAGUUUUAAAAAAGCUAGCAUGCUAACAGGUAUCAGGUAAAAAAAAAUGUUUGACACUAAAGGUGAAUACCUACAAAAUUAGCUUAAAAAAAGCUAGCAUACUAACGUAAGCAUACUAACAGGUAUCAAGUAACAAAAUGUUUGACGGCAAAAAAAGCUAGCAUGCUAAUAUUUUUUUAUAUUUUGUAGGUAUUCUCGCUAAAGGUGAAUACCUACAAAAUUAUCUUAAAUCAAGCUAGCAUACUAACGUAAGCAUGCUAACAGGUAUCGAGUAACAAAAUGUUUGACGCCAAAAAAAAAGCUAGCAUGCUAAUAUUUUUUAAUAUUUUGUAGGUAUUCUCGCUAAAGGUGAAUGCCUACAAAAUUAGAUUUAAAAAAAGCUAGCAUACUAACGUAAGCAGGCUAACAGGUAUCGAGUAACAAAAUGUUUGACGGCCAAAAAAGCUAGCAUGCUAAU